AUGGCAAGUCAUUCGCCCCAGCGCCAGCGCAGACCACAGACGCAGCAAGGAGCGCUGCUCAAUCAUCAACAACGAGAGAUGUCGCCCUCUCCUACUCUUCGCGAUCAAAGACCGCGAGCAUUGAAAACACAGUCUAUGCCUAUGGUGCCCUCUGUGGCGGCUUUCCCUCAAGCUCCUUCGCAAAGCCAACCGCAGCCCAGCCCAACGAUACCCAGCAAUGCACCCCGGCGUUCGUCUCCACUUGGCCAGGUCACUCGCCUACUCCCUACUCCCCCUCACAAUAACCCUCCCAGCUUCCAGGAAGAUCGCCGCUCGCCACCGCCUCCAGCGCCAACUCAAUCGAACGUCAAUUCCCAUUACCCACGCCCUGCGCCUCGUGCUCCGAUUGCGGCCUAUCCUAACAAGUUCCAAAGCAUGGACGACCAUUGGCAGAUGACGGAUGAGCUUCUGGCAGACAUCGAACGUGCCGAUCAACAACAAGCCCAAUAUCAGUCCCAGGUCCAGUCGUAUCCCUCUGCCCCCCGCAACGAUUCUCCCCUGGGAAGAGGCCCGAAUGUGGAGCGCGUUCGGGCUUCUGCUGAGAGGGCGAGCCCCACCACUCAACCCAGGGGACGUGAGCAAGUUGCCCGCGAAAGCCCCAAGAAUCGCCAGCCUGCAUCCCCCAUCAUCGCCUCCUUCGGUCAGCUCCCAUCAUCGACCCCAGAACGCCGCAUGUCGCCUCAAUUGCCAACGGAGCCUCACCCCGCUAGCUACCUUGCCCAGUACAGCGCCCGAGAUGCGCCUCCUCUGCGACGGGCGCCAAACAGUGACCCCCAGCGACUGAAUACGUCAAUGGCCAGCCAGACACCGCCUCUGCAGGCCAUAUCCGCCCGUACCCCAGACCGAUCUCUUCCUGUGCAAGAAGAAGAUGAGGUCACCUCUAAAAAUGGCUCCGGCGUUCACUCAAACUGGCAGGCGAGUGAUCAAGUGGACGAACAUCCUUUCCACUCGUCGUCGCCCACACCGUCUUCUGAUCUCAAUCCAGAAGGCACGGCUCAACGCUUUGAGCCCAACGCCCAGGCUGUGCGCAGAGAAGACGAGAAGGACGACGAGGAUCGCGAACGUUCACAGUAUGCUGAAAGGGAUAGCACCGAAGAGUCUGGCGGCUAUACUCCGAGAUCCCCUACUGCACAGUUGCCCGACGACACCCGCGAACCGUACUAUCCCAACCAGAACAUCCCAAUCAGAGUGCCUGCCCCCCUGCCUGCUCGUAAAGGUCGAAAUGGCUCGGGAGACCAGAUCAUGCGUGGUCUCGAUAGUGCUCUUCUCGAUCGGCAACCCCAGCAGCAAGCACCUCCAUUGUCAUCCGCGGCUCAGCAACUCCCGCCCUCUGAACGCCCUCCGAAGUAUGCGCAGCCAGUCAACGGAGGUCAAAACGACAGCCAUCAGUACCCGAAAUACGUCUCACAGCAAGACUAUGCCUACAACCACGAGCCCCCUCCUCAUGGCAGCAACGGUCAAUACGUCCCGCCACAGGUCUACCCAGACGAUUUCCACAGCUAUGGCGAGGAGUCGACCUCUGCAUAUAUCAACGCAUAUCUCCAUUCCUCUCGUCCCGAUGCACCCGUUCCACCCACUCCUCAUAGCCAGACCGCUGCGCCUUCUCCGUCUCCCUUUAUGGGCAACAUGCCUCAUUAUCGUGGCCCAGCACGCGCCGCCGGUUCGCCUUAUCCCUUCCCUUUCAACCACGUACGGCGGAACCGACCGCAAUCCCAGACCCAUCGACUACUUCAGAACGGGCUUGACGCUGCCACCAUUCAAGAGCAGGUCGCGCGACAAUGGCAGAUCUUCGCUCAGAAUAAUCAAGGCAAUAUCACCGACUCGACCUUGUCUCCGACGUCGACGCCUUUCCAAGGUGAUCUGUACGACCAUUGGGCGCAUUUACAUACGAACAAGAUGAUGCGAGGGAUGCUUGAGACUGCGAGCAUGCAUUCGAGCCCCAGCCAUCAACCCAUUCCUCUUCCGAUGUUUGAUUUUGCCCCAAGGAAGAAAGAUAGAGGCGCUCAUACGAAGAGGGCUGCAUACACUCGCAAACCCCCGCCGCGAGUCGAAAGUACUCAGCCGAGGGAGACGAGUCCGGAGCUCUCCUCCUCUGGUGAAGAGACAGCUGGAGAAGAGCGACUCGACCCUACUCCAGACAUUCUCCCUUUGGCUGCACCCCGCGAGCCCGCUCAAGUUCCUCUCCCGAACGACUCUCCGGAUGUAGAAGAGGAGGGUGAAUGGGUCGAUGAGGAGGACGAGGACGACUACGACGAUCUUAUCGAGUUGGAGUAUCACCCUGCCUUCGUCAAGAACGUCAGCAAACGACGCAGGAAAUGGGAGGUAGGAUGGGAAAAUCUUAUCCAAGCGUUCCAAACCCUUGACCGACAAACUGACGCUAUGAUGGUCCUAUUGGCGUCCCCAUCGCACACCACCAAGCUGCAUAUGCUUCGAUCAAGGUCAAUUCGCCGCCAGCCUGCGCUUUCGAGCUCGACGAACAUGAAAGAAUUACGUUCGAACUUCGCUCGUAUGGCCGCUCAGAGGCGUACCACUCGCCCUCAGAAGUCUUCUCUCGUUGACCGGCUUCAAGCAUCGGCGUUGAGCAGCUCUGGCGGAGAUGGAUCUGAUGGAAGUUCCUCUCAAGAAGGCCUCAGACGUGCCCUUGAUGCAGCGCUCGGCAGUCUGAGUGCCAUGGGAGAAGUAUACGAACAACGCGAGGCCCGCGUGUUGGAAGAACUACAGCGUUCUCGUGAAGAUUAUGAGCGCAUGGAGCUUCUCCUCAAGCAGGUUCUCGGAGACAAAAAUCCUUUGAAGAGUUCGGCUAAUCGCGAGCCUUAA